AAUUUGAAACAGGUUAAAUCCUGCGUCAGUCUGCUUUAAUCGCUCAGCGAAGACAGAACACAGUAUGCUGUUGCGCUACCACAUCACCGUGGGCUUGCUAGCCUGUUACGCUGGUGUUGUUUUCGCUGCCAGCCAAAGUGAGGAAGAAAUCGUUUACAAAUGUGCCACAGCGGGACCGAAAACAUGCUUCCUUAACGUUGUUAAGCUGGAAGAUGCGAGCCACAAGUUGAAGCUGGUAGAUAUAGAGGACAAAACAAUUCUAAACAUCAAGGGAGGAAGCAUUGUGGCACUGCAAACGCAACACUGCCGAAGUGUGUUCGCCAAACUCGAAAAGGUUUCAAUCGGACGCGUCGGGCUGAAGGAGCUUUGUUUCGCGCCCAGCUUCGUGUACGUAUCGGCGGAGCACAACAGAAUCAAGACACUGCACGUGCCAGAAGCUGCCCCAGCUGCCUAUCGCGUCGAGGUACUGCGCCUCAAUGACAAUCAGCUGGAAAGUGUCGAAAGUAUGCGCGCUUUCGUAGCCCUCAAAGAGCUCCAUCUAGAGCGCAAUGCUCUAAGUACGCUAGACAUGGCCUGCUUUGCUGAAAUGCCAAAGCUUGAAAAGUUGUAUCUUGCUUACAAUCGGCUCAACGUGAUUGCUUCUACCGUUAGUGAGCUAUCACUUCCCGCCCUGAGCGUGCUGGCGCUCCAGAACAACACGCUGACCGUGUUGGAUCUGCGCACAUGGUCAUUGCCGAAUUUGGAGCUGCUGGAACUAUCCGCCAACAACUUGACGAAGGUGAGCGGACUCGAUAACGUUCAAGCGCUGUCGGACAUUUCGCUCGCCGGCAACCGAUGGCAGUGCCACGAGCUGGACCAGAUGUUGGAGCAGCUUGAAAAGAACGAUGUCACGGUGAAGGAUGGUGAUGUUAACUGUGGCGGCAUACGCAACAGCUCCAUUUGCUGCACACACGCGGAGCAGCCGUCGGAGGAAACGUUGCAGACGAACCUGGCGAAGUUUGACACGCUCCGGGAACGGUAUGGCGAGAUGGAGACGAGGUUUAAUGAAACGGUGCAAAAAACAAUCGCCGAUUUUGAAGCAAAGAUUCGCGGACUAAAGGAAUCAUAUGAGAAGCGUAAUGAGGAGGCAGUUCCGGUUACUCCAAAACCAGAAACAAUGGACGAGGAAGAAACACCUACUACGGAUGAAAUGCCUGCAGCAGAACCCGUGGCAAAGGCUGCACAGUGUGAUGAAUGCGUUUGUUCCAAAGAAAGUAUCGACAAAGUAGAAUCGAAGCUGGCGGAGUUGGAGCAAAAGCUUGAGGAAAACAAUGCACUACUCAAAGGCUUGAAGGACAACCAGUCACAGUUUUCCUACAUGACCGUUGUGGCCAAGCACGAGUUCCGCACGGCCGUCAAGCGUGGGGAGCACAAGCUGAAGGAGCUCAGCUCAAUGUUGGCCAUGCUGCGCGAGCAUGUCAAGCAGAAGCCUACCACCUAGAGGGCGGUGAAACAUUGUUUGCUGUUCAUGAGCGAUUUAUUUGAAUAAAAAUGCAUUGAAAUGCAUCAUAAGCAUAGCGCUGAUAAGCGAGAUGCAAAACAACA